AAUUUUGUGGACAAAGCAGCAUGUCUAGCCACAUGAGAAAACAAAGCAACCAAACACAUAUAUCGUGUGUGUGAGGACAACAUCUGCAGCUGAGGAUGUACGGAUUACAAGAGGGAGGACUAAAGAAGUGAGGUUGCAGCAGUAAGAGUCUACAUUAACCCCAACUGAUAGACGUGCACUACUCCAGAGCUACCCAUGUGCAUCAUUUUUCUGAAAUUUGAUCCACGUCCAGCAUCAAAAAAUGCAUACAGGCUUAUCCUGGCAGCUAACAGAGAUGAAAUUUAUCACCGGCCAUCCAAGCCAGCUGAUUUCUGGGAGAACAAUCAAGAUGUCCUCAGUGGGCUGGAUAUGGAAGCAGGAAAAGAAGGAGGGACUUGGAUUGGCAUCAGUAAAAAAGGGAAGCUGGCGGCUCUGACAAACUAUUUGGCACCUAAGAUCAACCCUGAUCUCCAAGGAAGAGGUAGCCUUGUAUCUAAUUUCUUAACUUCAAAUUUGGAUAGCUUUUCCUACUUGAAGAAACUUUCUUCAGAGGGACACCUUUACAAUGGAUUCAAUUUGCUAGCUGCAGAUUUCAACCUUACAAAAGAAGAUAUGGUAUGUUACUAUGGAAACAAAGGAGACCCAGAACCUGCCAUACUAAAUCCAGGUUCAUCAGGGAUACGUCUUGUCACCGGUAAUGUACCAGGUAUCUAUGGACUUGGUAACUGUCUGCUGGACACUCCAUGGAAGAAACUGCUGUUUGGAAAACAGCUUUUUACAGAUGUAGUAAAACAAAGUCACAACCUCUCAAAGGAGCAAUUAACAAAAGAACUUCUUAAAGUGCUAAACAACGAAGAACCUCAACUUCCAGACCCUCAGAUUGAGGAUCAGGGUCAGGAUUACAUCCGUCCUAUCCUUAACAAAUAUGCAGCCAUCUGUGUGAGGAGUCCUGGAUAUGGAACAAGGACUAACACAGUCAUCCUGAUUGAUGGAGAAGGCCAUGUCACUUUCACUGAACGUACUAUGCUCAAUGAGGACAUCACCCAAUGGAAAACAAGUUCCUUUCAUUUCAGGCUUCACGAAGAUGAACUGUCUUUGGCACAUACCUUGAAGGAAGAAGAGAAAAAGAAAGCCAUGAUGUAGAGAUGAACUACCGCACCCCUACCCCAAACAUUAAAGGUGGAAAAGGAAGUCUGUGCAGUAGUUGCACAUUCAGUGGUUGACAACACAACCUUUUGUACAGCACGUAGAUAGUUCACAUGUCUGUUGCACAGCUGUAGAAGCAGCACAUGACAUGGAAUUAUUUCUGUUGAUAACCUCUCCCUAAAAUUCAGAACCUGUAACAGUAAAUGAAAGUAAGAUGUUUAUCAGUUAAGUGAAAUAAGUGGUAUCUGAGUAAAAAAAAAAUUAAGUCCUGCUUUGGUAUUUAAGCUCAA